AUGAGCUGGGUCGACACGUCCGACGUGGCCGUGCACACGUACCAAAUCGUUGACGGCAAGAUCUACUUUGCCAUUGAGCUCACCAAAACAGACGCUCCCAUACCAACGUCCUCGCCGCCUCAUAAAGUCCGUAAGACGUUCCGGUCGUACUCACAGUUUCGACGCCUCUGGAAAAUGCUCCGUGAGCGCCUCAAUAAUCCGCUCGGGCGGCACCAUCACCACCAGGUAGCGACUUCCUUCAGAACGCGCAAGUGUCAGUGCGCCGGAGAUCACUGCGACUUUGACGCACUGUAUCUAUUGCUGCAGUCGUUCCCGUUUCCGUCGCGAAGGUCACUUCGAUCGAAACUCACAGGGCUCGAUCACGUAGCCAUUAACGCGCGACGCGAUGCGCUCGCGGCCUUUGUUACAUCGCUGCAAGCGUUUUUUACUACGUGCACCGGUGUGACACUAAGUGAGAAGCUGCAGGAGGACAAUUGUCGGGUACUCAAGACGUACACAAACUUCUUGGGUGCAGCUGAGCACUUUGCAGCAGACACGGUGGCCCUUCUUCACCGUCCAUUGGCACUGAAGAGCUGGAGACAGCAAUGUGCCGAGCAAAUGCUUUGCCAAGACAACGAUGAAGAAGAAGAGGAUGAAGACGACGGAGGGUUUGCAGAUUGUGGCCUGGAACUGAGCGAGAUCCAUCUUGCUGCCCCGCGAGCAGCUACACGUCGAAUUGCAGACGGACUGACAAUGUCUUCGCAUAAAGCCGACUGUGCGUCAUUACCGACAUUGCAGGUGAAGGCCUUGCGAGUUCAUACGGUGCACUCGUUCAUGGAGGAGUUCUACGAGCAUGUCUUGACUCAGUUUGCAAGCGACAUUGACGAGCUCAAGUCACCUGAGCUUACCACGGCUCGUCGGUGGGAGAUUUGCCUGUACGUGGCGUGCCGCAUCGGCCACGUGUACGCUGUGCAGCUCAUUUUGUUCAACUACGCUGACGCGAAUACGGCCAUGGUGGACGGCUCAUCGUGUCUACUCAUUGCAGCCCGGUUGGGACGAAGUGAGAUUGUUGCGCUUUUGAUGGAGGAAGGUGCAGACGUGAACAAGGCAAACGAUGCUGGUGUGACGCCGCUUAUUGCAGCAUGUCGUAACGGGUGUGUAGGGAUCGUGAAGAUGCUGCUUGAUGCGGGUGCAAAGGUUUCUAUCUGCAGUAAACGAGGCACGUAUCCACUGCAUGCUGCCAUCGUCUCUCAGAACAUCGAGAUUGUCUCGAUACUUGUCGAGCAUGGCGCAAACGUGAAUGUCAUGACUGCUAGCGGCAUUACGCCUUUGCAUUUUGCCGCCAAAUUGGGAUCACUGGCAAUCUCCGAGUACUUGCUGUGCCACGAUGCCGACCCCGAGAAGCGCACGAAGAAUGACAGCGAUGCUAUGAUGAUCGCAGAGGCGAAUGGCCACGCCACUAUCUGCGAGCUGUUCCAGCAAUUCUCGGGUCUGGGUGCGUGCAAGCAAGUAGGGUCGGACUACAUGCUCAGUAUGAGCGAGAGCAACAAGUCACCGAACAUGAUGCGGAUGUUUUCGCGUCGUCGAUUGUCACACGCCGUCACCUAA